GUUCUUAAACCGAUCAACUCAUUAGUGCGAAUUUCUUUUUGCUUUCCUUCCUUCCCAUCUCUAUUCAUCGGCGAGUUCUAGAGAGAGAAUUGUAGAGAGAGAUGAAGAUCACUGCGCUUCUGGUUCUGAAAUGCCAUCCGGAGGGGUCGGAUCCGGUGAUACUUGCGAACUCGUCGGACGUGAGCCAUUUCGGUUACUUCCAGAGGUCGAGCGUGAAGGAGUUCAUCGUCUUCGUUGGUCGGACCGUCGCUAAACGGACCCCACCCGGUCAACGCCAAUCCGUUCAACACGAAGAGUACAAGGUGCAUUCUUACAAUAGAAAUGGACUUUGUGCAUUGGGAUUUAUGGAUGAUCACUACCCUGUUCGAAGCGCAUUUUCACUGCUUAACCAGGUGCUAGAUGAGUACCUGAAGAACUUUGGUGAUUCAUGGAAAACUGUGCAAGCUGAUAAUACUCAACCAUGGCCCUAUCUAAAUGAAGCUCUAACCAAAUUUCAGGAUCCCGCUGAGGCUGACAAAUUAUUAAAAAUUCAGAGGGAGUUGGAUGAAACCAAAAUUAUUCUUCAUAAAACCAUUGACAGUGUCCUUGAACGUGGUGAGAAGCUGGACAGUUUAGUCAACAAGAGUUCAGAUCUCAGUGCAGCUUCACAGAUGUUCUACAAGCAGGCAAAAAAGACCAACCAAUGCUGUACUAUAUUGUGAGCUUCUAAAGGGAGGGCACGACAUUGUCAUAGAAUUCACUGGUUCUGGUGUUAAUAUAUGAUGGAUGAAAAAAACGGUGAUUGUUGCUUAUAUCGUUAUCCAUUGCUUGCUUGGCAGAAUUCUAUGGAUUUACCUUCUUGUAUGGUUGGUGUUGGAAUGAAGAAAGGGAAAAUGAUUGAUUGAUAUUGGCAAUUUUCUCUUUUUUAAAUACGUA